CUAGCCAGCCCGCCCAUGGCGUCCCCCGCGCGCCCCGCCGCCGCCUCCGUCUCCGGCGCCUUCGGCCUCCCGCCCGACGCCCGCUGCGCCUUCGACCAGACCCGACGCCGCGCCGAGGAUUUGCAGGACAAGCGGCUGGUGCGGACGUUCGUCAACGUGUACGGCCAGCCGCAGGAGCAGGAGCCAUGCUACCCGAGGGAGGCGGUCAUGGCGGCCGUGGAGGAGUGCAUGCGGAAGCAGGCCGACGGGCUGCUGCACUCGCUCGAGGGCAUCGGCGGCAGGCUCUCGCAGCUCGAGCUAUACUGCUACAAGCUCGAGCGCUCCAUCGGGGAGCUGCGCAGCGACGUCAUGGACUACCACAGCGACGCCACCGUCAACUUCAGAUGCAUCGACAAGAACAUCAGACAGGUUCAGAAAGCAGUGCAGGUGCUUCAGGACAAGCACGAGCCGGCCGCCGCCGACAUGGCGCAGCAGCAGCUGGCCAAGCUUCAGAUAGCGCACGAGUUCCCUGCCAAGGCACACGAAGCCGCUCCUCCCCUGUCGAUGCACGCGGCGGCAAGAGAAACCGCCAGCGAUCAUCAUGCCACACAAUUCCAAAACCCUGAGGUUUCUUUCCUGCCAAUGCACCAGGUCAACGCCACGCAGUCUCCCGCUAUGCCGAUGACCCAAGGCGGCAGCGGCUAUAUCCUGCAGCAGCUAGUGCCGGUCUCUCUGCACGACCAGCAGCAUCCUGGCCAGGCCGCCGUGUACUACAUGCAGAGCCAGAGCCAUGUCAAGUCCGCCGAGAACAAGUCGUCCGAGUCGUUUGUUCAGGUCGUGCAGCCGCAUCUCCAGAACCCUGAACCCAGGGUCGCGGCGGAGCUGCCUCAGCAGUCUAGCCAGACGACGGAGAUGUGUCCUCCGCUCCAGCAGCAUCAUAUGCUGCAGAUGCCUGUGCAACAUCACGAGUUGCAGGCAUGGCGGUCUGUCUCGCAACAGCAGCAGCAGUACAGUGUUCAGCAAGUUCCACCGCAGAUUGUUCAACAGAAAGCGUCUUCUCCCCAUGCCCAAAGUGCUCCUCAGGUCACACUCAUGUAUCCUCCGUACUGUUCUCAGAAGCCUGCCAAUGCUACCGCCGAGGCACUUCCGAGAAGCUUGGUUGUGCAGUCUCCGUACUCCUCGCCUCAGCAGAAGCACCAUGAAGUCGUGCCUUCGUUUUAUGGCCAAGGCAACACGAUUUUGCUUCCGACGGCAGAGCGCAAUAUCCAGCAUCAACAGCCACAGCAAAUUCAGCCACACAGGCAGACGGCAGAGCAUAAUGUCCAGCAUCAACAGCCGCAGCAACUGCAGCCACACAGCCAGGGGUCGUACCCACCUCAACCAAACAAGCCCAGUCACUGCAGUGUUGCUUCGUAUGCUGUUCAAGGCGGUGGCCGAGCCUACAGCGCCGCAUAUGAGAAUCCUUCUGAGUGCCCUGCAACUGUCGUUGCUGUUCUGCCUCAGCAUCCGGCAACUGCUCCAAUGGCGUUUCACCAUUUGGGCUCCCAAGUUAUGCAUAAGAAUCCAUAUGGAAGUAUGUUUGAAACAGCUACUGUAGUAGGGUAUCCGCAGGAUGUAGUUGGGAAUUUGGGUCUCCCGGCGGUGACUGCAGCCCUCCAGCCUGUAGACUCCAAUGCCGCCAUGGUUAAUAAGCUCAAUGCUGGUAGUAAUGUUACAUCCCCACGAGACUGGUCCGCAUAGUGCAGAAUGGCCAGUUACAUCGGGUACUGCAUUGCUGCCACAACUUAUUUCCAUGACUAUAACUGGAAGCUAUCAGCUCUCACACGGGUAUUUCAUCUGGCUUCCUUUUUAAUUAGCCAGCAGAUUGGUACAGAUCCUUCUACUUUUUUUUGCUGAAGGGUCAAUCUGAAAUAAGAAUGGUAGAUUAGUCUAGUGAUGAUGCUGGCAUAUGUCCUCACUUUUAAUGGACAUAUCUUGCUUGUAACCGACAGUUGACGAAGAAUUUGUGCCUUUGCGAUAUGAAAAUAUGACGAGUUCACAUCA